CAUCAUGACCGUGUAACCGCGGAACCGUUGACCAUUAUUAUUCGGUCGUCAUCACGCCGGCUGUCAUCAUGGCGGGUGGCGUCAACCACUCCGGCUCAAUCUCCUGCUGUUUUCAGCAUAGUCACUCUGUGCCUGCCUUACCGACCUUCCCGAAGAAUGAUGGGUAGACGAGGUUUGAUAACAAGCAUCAUCAAGCACGCAGCUCCCCCUGUACCGGCAGGGAGCCUAGGCCUGAAUUUGGUAGAUGCAUAUGCGAGGAGAUCGUGUAGUCUAGAGGGACCAGUACUUAGUAUUGUUCCUGCGGUAAGGUCGUAUAAGUAUUGUUCCUGCUAGAGGAUUUAAGUAGGACUCUUUCCCCUCUUCCUUCAGUCGCAAUACACUCGCUUUUAGCCAUGCGCCGAGGGAUUCUCUGUGGGCUACUGGCCCUCUUUGGCAGUGCGUCGGCAAUCAGAUUUGGACAUCCGUCCGUGGGUGAGCUGCGCGAAUUGGCGAAGACCACACAGCAUGCAAGUGCAAAGCGCGACCUCCGUAAACGCGAUGAUGCCGAUCUGGAAUUGCUUUACCCUGCACACAAUCUUUCGGUUCCUAUCGACUUCUUUCCAAACAAGCCCCGCUACGAACCCCAUUCGAAUGGCACAUUCAACCUGAGGUACUGGUUCGAUGCUACUCACUACAAGCCGGGCGGUCCUGUCUUCGUUCUCCUGUCCGGCGAAACGGACGGAGUCGGUCGUCUGCCGUACUUGCAGAAAGGAAUUGUGUCGAUAGUAGCCAAGGCGACGAAUGGCCUCGGAGUCGUCCUCGAGCAUCGCUACUACGGCACGAGUUUCCCCGUGGACGAUCUUUCUGUGAAAAACCUCCGUUUCCUCUCCACGGAACAGGCCCUAGCUGAAAUCAACUACUUCGCCCGCCAUGUGAAGUUCCCCGGCAUCGACGCAGAUCUGACGGCUCCAAACACCCCCUGGAUUGUCUAUGGCGGCUCCUAUGCCGGUGCGCAAGCCGCCUUUCUGCGCGUCGCGUAUCCGGAAACGUUCUGGGGCGCCAUUUCCUCAUCCGGCGUCACCGUCGCCAUCUACGAUUAUUGGGAGUACUUUGAGCCUGUCCGGCAGUUUGCGCCUCCAGAUGUAGUCAAGAAUACGCAGUUCUUGGUGGACGUGGUCGAUACCAUUCUUCUGAAAUCCAAGAACAGUGCCAAGGUCAAGGAGUUGAAAGAGGCAUUCGGUUUGGGGAAUAUUACUGACAACCGGGAUUUCGCGAAUGUUUUGGCAAAUGGUAUCUAUGGAUGGCAGAACACAAACUGGGAUCCCGAGGUCAACUCGCCGGCCUUCUGGUAUUACCAAAACAAUCUCACCACGGCGUUGCAAAACCCCGCCACAGAGUCCCUCCGUCCGAAAGUCCAAUCCAUCCUAGCUGCGGCCUCAUAUCCCCCUUCGACCGCAUCGGAAAACAUUCUCUUAAACGCCAUCAACUACUUUGACGUCGCGUACGUCUCCAGGUGGAGAAGCACCAACCAGACGCAAGACCAAUUCUUCACCUGGCUCGACGACUCCUUCUGGGCCAACGACGGCAUCGAUCAGCAGGGCUGGCGAAGCUGGAUGUGGCAAGUCUGCACCGAAUGGGGCUACAUCCAGACGGGAAACACACCUCCUCACAUCAAACCGCUGAUAUCCAGAGCCAUUGACCUCGAGUACGCCGCGUACCCCUGUCGACCAGCGUUCAACAUCACCUCGCCUCCCAACGUCACCGAAGUGAACAAAUACGGCGGCUACGACAUCGAGUACGAGCGUCUGGCCAUCAUCGGCGGGAACGCGGAUCCGUGGAAACCGGCGACGCCGUUGGCGGAUAAGGCGCGGAGGAGGAGGAGCACGACGGAGAAGCCGGUGCUGGAGAUUGCGCAUGGGGUGCAUCAUUGGGAGGAGAAUGGCGUCUUUGACAAUCAGACGAGCCCGAUUCUGCCGCCGAAUCAGGUCGUGUAUGCGCAGCAGUUUGUGAGGGAUUUUGUGGUGGAGUGGCUGAAAGAUUGGGAUAAGAAGCAUUCGCAUCAUGAGCUGUGAGCUAGCUCAGCGGCGGAGAGGUGUGAACAGGACAUGCCGAUGAAAUAUAUGCCUAAUCACUGACGAUU